AUGACCGAGUACGACAAAUUCGCGGAGCAGCUCCGUCAUCCGGACAAUCCGAUAGUUUUUCUCGAAGUAACGGCCGGAGGAGCUCCCAUCGGAAACAUUGUCGUGAGUCUUUCCCAUCAACUUCUCCUCCUAUUUGUUUCAUUUUCUCAGAUCGAGCUGUUCGCCGACGUGACUCCCAGAACGGCGGAGAACUUUCGACAGUUCUGCACAGGCGAGUACAAGAAGGACGGCGUGCCGAACGGGUACAAGAACUGUACAUUCCACCGCGUGAUCAAAGAUUUUAUGAUCCAAGGCGGCGACUUCUGCAAUGUAAACCCGCUGCCUCAGGGCUACUUAAUGAUCAUUUUGUUCCAGGGCGACGGAACCGGCCUCAUGAGUAUCUACGGCUCUAAAUUCCGUGAUGAGAAUUUUGACCUGAAGCACACAGGACCGGGAAUGCUCUCGAUGGCCAACGCAGGAGCCGACACCAACGGAUGUCAGUUCUUCAUCACGUGCGCAAAGACUGAUUUCCUAGACAACAAGCACGUCGUGUUCGGUAAGAUUUUUAAUAUAAAAAGCAAUAAAUUAGAUUUUAACAAUAGGAUUAUGGAUAAGUAGAUUUCUGGAGAACGAAGAAAGACGAGUAAGGGUUGUGGUUGUGAUAGAUAUCCCCGAUAUCAUUAGUUCUCCAUCCCAGUUGUCUGAAAUGUUAUUUUGCAAAUGGAGGGGAACAAUAACCUACUGGUAGUGAGAGUGGUACGUUGAGGGUGCAACGGUAGUUGUCUUGUACUGCUGAUAUGGAUUGAAACCACCGUACAAAAGGGGAAGAAGCGUCUGCGUGGCGACGGCGCCGAGAAGAAGCAACAGAAGUACAAUACUGCGUGCCAUUAAUGUGACAGCGACUGGCUUUAUCUCCCUCUUUAUCACCUUUUUAUACGGGACGAAGCUGGUUGAUGACGGCGAUCCUUGGAUCAUCUGACCGGUCAUUUAUUGCAGGCAGGGUACUCGACGGGAUGCUGACUGUCCGAAAGAUCGAGAACGUGCCUACCGGAGCCAACAACAAACCGAAGCUGCCGAUCGUCAUCGUCCAGUGCGGACAACUAUGA